CUCGCGAGGAUGGUGAAUCAACAAUCCUCGCCGAUCAGCGCCCAAUACUUCAAUGUAACAUUCCCACUGUUCAAUGUAUACAGACACCGUACCUUGGAAAAACUCUAUUUCAAGCCGAUGUUCGGGCGAAGUCCCUCGUUUUUGGCGUGCUCAAAGAUCCAGCUUUGCGGCCUUAUCUGGCCGCUUGUCCGGCUGGGAGAAUGCUCCUGUCAUAA